AGUUUAUUGGUGAAUUUCAAACGAGUGAAUAGACUCGUGGUGGUUUUCAAAUAAUUCGUAUAUUGUUGUUAAAUACUUGGAAAAUAUAUAAAAAAAUAUUUAACCAAGCUUAAUAAUUACCAAAACAUAAUUAAAACGUAAUAAUCGUUAACUUAAAUUGACAAAUGCAUAUUAGAAUUCAUUUUAUUUAUGUGUAUCAUUAUUUCAUAUAUUUUAUCUCGUUCACUGAUUCUUACUAUUUCUUAAAAACGUGAAAUGAGUCAGUCAAAGUUAUCAACACCAAACAAAACGAAAAUUAAGUAUGAUGGUACUUUAACAAAUAGUACGAAAAUAUACGAAUCUCCAAUCAAACAAAAUGAAAAUAGACAUAAACAAACAAUAUAUCAAAAGAAUGCAGGUCGUUUUACACAUUUACCAAAUCAUAUCACACCACCAUCAGGAUUAACAAAGUUCAUUGCAAGGAAUCCAUUUGAAAAUGAUUUGACAAGUAGAUUGCACAUGUCUGUUAUCAGUCCAAGUGUUUUUAAUAAGGUUUCUAAUCUCCAACAAUCACCUGAAUUUGCAUGGAGCGUAGAAGAAUUAGCUCUAAUAAAACCAGCAGAAAUAGAAGAAUUUCCUUUAGAGCAAAUAUAUAAUGUAGAUCCAGACAUUGAAUUAAAAGCUCAGGCAGCAAUUGAUAAAUUUUUUAUGACAAAUGAGAUAAUACCUAGCCCAUGGGAAUCUAAGAAAAAAGAAUAUAAAGUAGACAUUAAAAUGGAUACUCCUAAACGGCUUACUGAUAAAUCAAAUAUAAUUAAAGAUUCUUUUAAAACAACAAAAAAAGAUGGUACAUGUCAAACAAUUUUAUCUCUUCCUCCAAAAUUACCUCAAAAUGUUGAAGAAGCUUUAAAACCUUAUUUUACGUUUAACGAGGAACAAAGUAUAGAUAGUGAUGAUGCAAAUUUAAGUACAAGUUCAUUAAGAAGAAAAUUAUUCUUCAAUUACACUGAGUGUCUUGAAGAUGAAGAGCAAAAUUCUCUGCUAGUUUCACCAAUCAAAAUGAACAAUUCUUUAACAUUCUGUAAGAGUCCUCCAGAAAGUGGAAUGUUUAUAUAUGGCACACCAUUAAAGAAAUUUUCACGCAAAAUGCAGCGUCAUGGAACACCUAUACAAAAUUCUGAAAAUCUAUCACCCAAUAUAUCUUCUAUACUUGAUAUCAGAAACACAUCAGCAGAAAAUAUAAAAACUCGCUCCCGUUCAGCAAUAAAAUUAGAUUUUAGUCAAAGCAUAGAGAUGUCUACUUCAGAGAAUAUUAAGGUUUCUGAAAAUAAUGAAGUACCAGAUAUGGUCUUAUUUUCACAUAACUCGUAUAUAAACAAAGAAAAUUUUAAUCAAUCGAAUAAUGAUCACGAGAACAUAAGAACAGACAUAUCUGUAGAAAUGAAUUCAGUAAUGGAAAAUUCUACAUCUUUAAUCAAAGACAAUAAAAAAAAUGAAAUGAUUAAAGAUAUAGAUAAAUAUCAUAAUAAUAUUAAUGAGAUGAAACACUUGCCUGAUUUAAGUCAGACUUAUAAAUUGGAGAACUGUACUUCGCACAAAACUAAUAUAUUUUUGGGAAUGUCUGAGAGACAAAGUGUUUCUAAUAUAGUUCAAGACACUGGAUAUCAAACUUAUUCCAUGAAUAGUACAACAAAUCUAAUGGAAAGUAGUUCAGUUAAGCAGAAAUUUUAUUACAAUGAACAGUUUUUAAUAUCUGACGAUGAAAUUCCACUUUCUGAUUGGAAAGAAAAUUUUAAACAUUUUGUUUGUUCUACACCUUCAAAAUAUAACCAUGAAAGGGCUGGUUAAAUUCAUCUUCUAUAUGAACGAGGAUUUGCUGCUAAAUUCUCAGUAUUUUUUCAUAAUUAUAAGAAUAUUUUAAAUAAAAGUAAAGAUCAGUAGAGUUAAAUAAUAUGUGUAGAAUUAAUGAGUUAAUAAGAAUAUUUAGUUUUUACUAGUUUUCAUGAUUAAUAUUUUGACUUUUAUAUAUGCAUUUUCUAAUACUACUAUGGUUCCUUUUUAUAUUUAAAUCUCUAUUAUUUCUUUAUUAAUGCAA